AACAAUCCGUCAAUGUAAACAAAUAUGGCGGUGAGCGAGUGACAUGGCUGCUCGUCGUGCCAUAUUGUAGUGGCGAGGCUGCUUGAAGGUGAACUUGAAGGUGAACAAGUGGGAGUUGUGCGGCCGCUGGAGCAGCGGGAAGAGACGAGAUGCCUCCCAAGCGUAACAUGUCCGCUGAGGACCUGGACGACGCCGACGACGACGAAGUGGAAAAGUUGAUCAGUAAAGAUGAUGACGUUGCAGACGAUGAUGAAGAUUUCUUCCUCAAAGGACCCUCCAGCAAGAAGACUGUUCGAUUUGCUGCUGAUAAAUUAAAGGAUGUGCGAGUGCAGAUAGCCGAGGUGACGGAUGUGAUGCGUGACAACGUUGGGAGGCUAUUGGAAAGAGGAGAUCAGUUAGAUAACCUACAAGACAGAUCAGAAGGCUUGGCAACCACCUCUGACCAGUUUCGUACCUCUGCUACUCGCCUUAGACGUAACAUGUGGUGGCAGAACACACGUGCCAAGCUAUGCAUCGGUGGUGCAGUGACAGUCAUCUUUCUUGUGAUAUUCAUUCCAGUGAUAAUCAAAAUGAAUUCUUAAGAUGUCCACCUUGGCAAAUACAGUUGAAGGUUGUGGAAGUAACCUAGUCGCUGGUACCACAGAUUAUCUUUAAGAACCCGGUAGAUAAUUAUACGUUUGUUUUUGGAUUUGCAAAAUUGUUUAAUGUUGGGGUCCUAUAAGAUAUUCCAAAGGAUUAACAUUUUCAUUAUUGCAUUUUUGCUCCGAGUUUACUUUUGGCUCCAACCUCAAUUCUUAUGUUUUGUUUUGUGUAUUUUUUUGAUAUAGUUAAAUUUCCGAGCUGCUAACUUGACCCGUGUUAAUCCUUUUGUAUUUAUAUCCAAAUAUAGUUUCUGAUGUUUAAUUAUAGAGAGAAAAUAAUUUUAAUUUGUUUUAUCAGCUAAAUCAAUAUAGUUGCUACUAAAUAUAUUUAGGUUUAUUGAGGUAAUAAAUAAUUUCGUAGGUAGUCCAAUGUAUUUGGAAUGCAUUUACAUGCACUUAUUUUUCUAUUGUGAGAAGCACUUUAUUAGAUCAAAUUAGUUUUGGUUCAUAGAUUAUGUGUAGAAUAUAUUAGUAUAUUUUUAUAAUUCUCUCAAUUUUCUUAUAAACAGUAAGUGGAGCAUAGAAAAAUUAUGUUGUAUACAUUAUUUCUUUAUUCCGCCUUUCUUCUAUAGCAUUAUAAAGCCUUAAUGCAGACUGAGAAUCAUAUAGCAUUGUAUAUUGUGUAAUGGUAAUGACUAGGGAACUGGUAUGUAUAUUAGUGGUUACCCGGUGUAUGAUGUAUUGAUGGUACACUCUUCCAGUGGUUUACUUAGCUGCGGUAAGUUGCUGUCAAGUUGUAAGAAUCCCUGAUAUUUGUAUGUAAGAAUCCCUGAUAUUUGUAUGAAUCAGAAAUGUAUAUAAGGGUUAAUUUAUAGGAAUCCUUAGUAAUGAAAUGAAUUAUUAGCUUCACCUGUUUUAAAGUAAAUCCACAUGUUUGUGUAUCUAGCUGUGGUCAGCUUAAUAAUUCAAGCACAUGUAGCUAAGGUUGGCUAUAUUUUAUUGUACCUAUGCCUUUCCUUGUGUGUUAAUGUAACUAAUAAUUACAUUUCUUUUAUGAACAAACUCGAGUACGAAGCACAAGUAUCUGCGUCAAGAUCACUUGUGUUGUAGUUACUCCAUGGUAAUGACUACAGUAUUAAUUUAUUUUACAAAUAUUUUGGUAAAUAUAACUUGACAUCAAUGAUUAUUAUAAGUGCAUAAAGAAUUCCCUUUCUUCUUAUAUUUU